AAGUACCAUUUUACUCUUUUGUCCAAAGUAGCUUUCCCUUGGCACUGUAUCGUCGCAACUUCUCGCAAGGGUUGUUGGGAUGUUUUAGUUCAUCACGGCCGCAUAAGAAGUUUGUGGAAGGAUGACCACAGCGGCGAGACCAACGUUCGAGCCCGCGAGGGGCGGGAGGGGAAAGGGAGAAGGGGACCUCAGCGCCCUCUCUAAACAAUACUCCAGCCGAGAUCUACCGGGCCACACUAAGAUUAAAUACAGACAACCCACCCAGGAUGCCCCUGAGGAGGUGCGUGCCCGUGACUUUCGUCGUGAGCUGGAGGAGAGGGAGCGUGUUGCAGUUAGGGAGAAGACCAGGGAGAGGGGGCCCAGGGAACACACCACAUCAUCUUCAUCCUCUUCUUCCUCAAAAAGGCCCCGCCUGGACCAGAUUCCUGCCGCUAACCUGGAUGCAGAUGAUCCCCUCACUGACGACGACGACGAGGACGACUCUGACGAGGACAGCGAUGAUGAUGACACCGCCGCCCUGCUGGCGGAACUUGAAAAGAUUAAGAAAGAGCGGGCUGAAGAACAUGAGCGCAAGGAGAGGGAGCAGAAGGCGGAGGAGGAGCGCAUUCGCAUGGAGAACAUUCUGAGCGGGAACCCGCUCCUCAACCUGGCCGGGCAGCAGCAGCAGCAGGUGGUUGUGCAGACCCAGACGGCCUUCAGCGUCAAGAGGAGGUGGGACGAUGACGUGGUGUUCAAGAACUGUGCGAAGGGCGUAGACGACUCGAGGAAAGAGAAGCGCUUUGUCAACGAUACGCUGCGGUCCGAGUUUCACAAGAAGUUCAUGGAGAAAUACGUCAAAUAAAGAUCUAGAAUACGCUCAAUUGUGGUGAUAUCACACCUUGUCUGGUCAGUGGGUAGAGUCGGACGAAAGGGGGCUUGUACUUCACGGUCAGAAUUGAGGAUAGAAAAGGAUGGGCUUCUGCCUUUCACAAAAGAAAUUGCUCUGGUGUACAGUAAGCACCACAACAGUCACAACUGGAUUUUUAUCUGUCAUAAUUGGAAUUUGGAUGCAAUUCAGUUCUGCAUGUACUGGGCAGGUGAGCCACUAAUACAUGAUGAAUGGAAGUGCAGCCAUAUAAAAUGAGAUUUUGACCACGUCUCCUGACGAACCAUGCUUUUUUUUUUUUUUUUUUUUUUUUUAAAAGAAAAGAAAAGCAUGGUUGGUUUUGCCGUAGCUCUACUAAAAAUGAAUUUUCUGUUGUUUCUUUUGUUUUGGAAAGAUUCUCCCAUCAGAAAAGAAUUUCCCUGAAUUUGACCAGAUUGCGCUGUAAAAAUAUAUUUGCUUUGCUUAUAAGUUUACUCGAAUUUCUGUUAUUUGUGGAAAAUUGUUAAAAACAUGGUAAUACAAUGUCUUCUUAGUAAAAUCCUUGCAUUGUUAUUUUGUCUUUUUUUGUAGUUUUAAAGCAGAUUAUUAAAGAAGUAAAGUUUUUCAGAGCACUCA